AUCGGCCACCACCACAGUCUCCAGGGGCACCAAAGUCUCCAACAAGAACAACGCGUACGUCCACCAGAACAACCUAUAAAUUUCCAAACGCGGCGGCGCCACACACAAAAGUCCGUCCGAAAAAGCCCUCGUCUGACUACGCUGUGUUCAUCUGCUCUGCUACGACUAAGCCAGAGCUCCCACCGUCAGGUCUUCUUCUUCUUCCCCCCCUUCGCGUCCUCUCCUCUGCCUGCGCGCGCACCGUCAAGCGAGCGAGAAAUCGUCAUGGACAUGGAGGCGGCCGCGAUCUUCGGCACCGCCAGCGCGUCGUUCUCUCCAGCGCCGUCGUCGUCCAGGUCGCGCGGCGGCGGCGGCGGCACGAGCAUCUCCCGGCUGCCGGCGCGCGUCGCCGGCGCCGUGGUCCGGAGCCUGGUCACCUUCGUCUUCGCGGCAGUGGGCAUGGUUCUCGGGGCCGUCACGGGCGCGCUGAUCGGGCUCGCCACGGAGAGCGGCCUGGUGCGUGGCGCUGGCAUCGGGGCCAUCUCCGGCGCCGUCGUGUCCAUGGAGGUCGUCGACUCCUCCGUCGCCAUCUGGCGCUCCGACGAGUCCGGGAUCUGGAGCGUCCUGUACGUGCUUGAUGUUCUCUGGAGUCUGCUGACCGGCCGCCUGGUACGCGAGAAGGUGGACCCCGCCGUGCAGAGCGCCGUCGACAGUCAGGUAAGCACAAGCGAUCUUCUCAGAGUCCAUUAUCAUCAUCAUGUCGAUCGACGAAGCUCUCAGGUCUCCAGUCCAGCCAAAGCUAACGCGUGCUCUCGAUCGGCCGCGCAGAUGAACGCGGCGGACUCGGGGGACAUGGACAUGGCGGCGACACUGGCGGACAUGUUCGAUACGGGCGCCGGCGCCGGCGCCGGCGCUCCUCCCAAGGGCAUGCCGGCCGCCGCCAUCGCGGCGCUCCCCGUCACGGCCUUCACCGAGGACACCGUCACCGACGCCUCCGGGGAGCCCAUCGGCUGCUCCGUCUGCCUUCAGGACUUCGAGGCCGGCGAGACGGCGCGGAGCCUGCCGGAGUGCGGGCACACGUUCCACCCGCCGUGCAUCGACGUCUGGCUGCUCCGGCACGCGUCGUGCCCGCUGUGUCGCCGCGCGGUCUAGUCUAGGCCGCUAGCUGCGCGCGUUUCUCGACGACCAUAUGCGCGUGCACAUCAUCACACGUGUCACGGACCAGGAGCAGAGUAUAGUAGGCUAGUAGGUAGUAGCAGCCUAGCAGGACAAAUUGGUUGUUCUCUCUUGCAUACCUUGAUUUUUCUGUUUGUUUUUUGUUCGUGUUGGGCACGCAUGUACAGAUACAGUACGUGGCUCACACUGUCACACACACACGAUGUGUAAAUAUGUAUAGAGGUGAAUGUUGUAAAUAAUGUAAUAGACUAAUAGUUGUAGAAUUGAGAUUUUUUAUAUAUACUGUACUCUCCACCGGCUGGUGACAGUGCGUGUUGUUUGCACA